AUGCGCGGGGCGGGGGUGCCUCUCGAAGUUAUGUGGAACGAUAUAGAUCUCUACCAUUCGCUGCGCGAUUUCAUAUCUGACCCUAUAAGCUAUCCCCCGGAGGAGAUGCGUGCGUUCACGCGCGAGUUGGCUGCGAACGGACAGCACUAUAUCCCGAUCGUAGACGCUGCUAUCGGACACGUCGCGAAUGCCACUGAUGUCUACGACCCGUACACACGAGGAGUUGAGCAGGACGUGUUCAUUAAGAACCCAGACGGGUCAAUAUACAUCGGACAAGUCUGGCCGGGGUACACUGUCUUCCCGGACUGGUUCGCAAACGGCACAGAGGCGUGGUGGGCCGAUGCGCUGCGUAACUGGAGCGCGGCGGGCGUCGAGUACUCCGGUAUAUGGCUCGACAUGAACGAGGCGAGCUCGUUUUGCGACGGGUAUACUAACGCAAAGCUCGCGUUGCCCCAGGAGGGCGAACCAGACCCACAUAAGCCGUGCGAGCUAGGUGCCGUUGAGGACGACAAGAUCAAACGGAAACGGUGGCUGGACAAGCUCCUAUGUGUGGCCGAGCUUGUACAGUGUAGGCGCGAAGUUGAAGUAGGCGGCGCGUUCGAGGCAGCGGUAGGCCUCGCCCUCAUAGGCAUCGCCCGCGGGGAUCAAGAGCGUGAACAGGGGAAUAGCAAGGAGACAGAUGGCCCAUGCGUCGGCCAUGCCCAUGCGCUGCGGAGGAGAGGAGGGUCGAGGUUGGACGAAGCCGCAGAGACAAGUACGCACAUAGAGGAAGUUCUCGUCACCAUGCUUGAGUCCGCACUCGAAGCAGUCGUUGACGCGGGCAGCAUCGCCGAAGGUCUCGUAGCCGUAGCCUGCGCGGAAUUUGGCCUCUGUGACGUAGAGAGAGGGCGGGGUGUGCGGGAGCUGGCGAUUGGCAAGCUAGACGAUGAGCUGGAUGGCGACGUGUGCGGGGUGGACGAGGCUCUGAUCUGCAAUGUUGACGGGACUCGGGAGCGGGGGCUCCGAGGCAAUGGAGAGAGAGCGCAACGAGAUGUCGAGGCGAUCGACGAGGGAGAGGGCAUCGUGGGCUCAUGCGAGCUCGGAGGCGGCCGGCCAGCGGAGGUCUGGAUUGUGGGGAGAGCAGCGGCAGGCGAGGCGACGGCAGAGAGGGACGCGGUUAACGAGAGCAGGCUGCCGUUCUGGGAGCUUUGGGCCUAG